AUGGAUGACGGAGAUGAAGGUGUUAUUUUCGCAAAUUCACCGCUAGAGCAGCAUCUCAGGAAUGUGGGGUUCGAAGAUUUUGAGUCGGAAAGCCUUCACAUCGACGAAGCUGUAUCAUGGAAAGAGAAUAUGGGCAAUUUUCAAACUCAAGAAAAUGUUACGAAAUAUAAAGAUUCUAAAUGUCAUGAUAAUGCAUGUUUCAUCUCAAAGAAAAUAUAUCAACUAAAGAAAAUUCUUUUGUCUCCUUAUAUGCGAUGGCAGGCUGAUCAAAUCGUUCAGUUCAAGAAAGACUGUGCUUCCCUUGUGAUAAACUCUGGAACUCUGAACGAAGACGACUUCGAAUUUCUACUAAGAUUCGAUCCUGAGUUAUUUAACGCUGACGAUAAGGACUGUGAAAAUAAACAAACAGAUGCAAGCUUAACAAAGGCAUUACCAUUAUUCUUUGGUGUUACAUCGCAUUCAGGAAUGUAUUUAUUUGCGAUGUUUGUUGCUUUAGCAGCGUUAGCAUUUAACCCCAUAACAUAUUCUCACUUUACCAAACCUCUAGUUUAUACAUUGACGAUUCUAGCUGUGACGUUGGUAGUUCUCGUUGUUUCUUUUUUCACAGUUACAUACCUCAAGUUCAGAAUAAGUAAGCAAUAUUGGAGAUACAUUGGUAUUUUAAGGGAGUACUGUUCUAAUAUAAGAUCCUUACUUCUUCUAGUCAGAAAAUCCAUAAAUAUGAUACAAGAAGUUGAAUUGAUUUGCCGUGGGCAGAUGCUUGUUGGGAGUGGAAUGCCUAAAGGGAUGCUCUCUACUUCCCUUAAUGAUAACUUUGAGAAUGUGAUCUAUCCAAAACUAAGGCAAUGCAUGUUUGAUAAGCUGUCCAACAUUCAUGAGCAGACAAGUAAAGCUGCCAAAAAUCUUAAUGAAAAUUUAGCUCAAUUUCCAGAGCUUGAUAGUAUGUUUACAAGUAUGUCUGUAGCACCAAUGGAAUCACUUUUUGUGCAAGAAGCCAGUCUCUCAACACAUCACUUGAAGAAUUUGUUAGCAAUAGCUGCAAGCCAGCAGUCUGAAUUUCUUAGUCGUUAUUUAUUACUCCUUUCAGAUCAAGCAUAUGGUGAUAUGGAAGAAAGAUCUGUGCAAAUAGAACUGAUGUCUAAAAUGAAUACAGUUUUUAUUGAGCCUGCUUGUACAAUAGCACAAGCACUGGCAUCUCUUCAAAGAAGUUAUCAUGCACACAAAGUUGCUAUGAACUUUUCCGGUGAAGGUGAUCCAUCUCCGAAACAACAGCACUUGGCACCACAAAGUAACUGGAUACUAUUUUCCACAGCUAUUCAUAGUCUUGAGCUCCACCUUAAGUUGGGGAUUACAAAAGUGAAUACACUCAAUGAAAUAAUAAAGGAUUAUCUAGAAAAAGAAAGGCUAAUGGAUGAAGAGCUAGUCCACACUGAGCUGUGUAACGAGAUGAAGGUUCUUAAAGGAGAGAUAGAGUCAGUCAUGUGCUGUUGGGAGGAGGGGUACCACAGGCUGUCAUCUGUUAGUGGCAAACAUGACUCUGUAAGUAAAAACAAUAUACCACCACAUAUAUCAGAAGAUGCAGACGUAGCAUCUCAAGUAAUAAGCCUGGUCUCACCAGAUAGCAUGAUUGAGGAGGGAGACUAUGUCUUAGAAGCAUACACUGACUCUUAUGAUGAUGUGAUUAUUGAUCAGCCAAUUCUAACAAGGGAAGAUCUUGAAAAGGAGAGCAGGGCUAGAGAAGAGAGUAGACAUCUUCUCAAAGAGUUGAAAAAUGUGUUACUCACAAAGAGCAAGGAUCCUCUUAUUUCACACGAAGGAUUUGUUGAUCCAAUUAAAAAGCAUGACUCAAACAAGAAUGCUAGAGAGAGUUUGAAAAUUGAGACCUGUAAACAAGAGUCGACUGACAAAGGGCCAUUUAGAAGCUCAGGGGUUACAGAAACAACACCAGCAAAGCAAGCUAUAGAUCAAGACGCUUCUUGGCAGCCUGCAAUGGUUCCUACAUCCCCUAAGUACAGCAAUGAACAGUCAUCAAUGGCUUUUUCUGUAGCAGCCAUGGCAGCAGUCAGGUCUAGGCAAAUGGGAAUGAUGGAGGAAAACUUUGGAUCUGAUGAUUCAGAUAUGUCAGACUAGAUUAAAUAUGUAACUAUGUUUGAAAUUAGAUUACAAAAAAGGUUUUAUUAAACAGCAUUUAAGUGCAAA